CUGUAGCUGGAGCCACCAGCUGAGUUCCUCAUUUGGGGCUUGGUGGAGCUGGGCACCGGGGUGUUGGAGGAAGCACUGAGGGGCCCCUCACGACCCCCAUUAUGGCGUCUGCUCUCAUGAUCCUCUUCCUUGGCUGCUGGCUGACCAGGCAGAGCGGGGUGUCGGGACAGACCUACUACUCCAAACCCUCCAUCUCCCUGCGCCCCAGCACGGGGGUGACCCCGGGGGGAGCUGUGACCAUCCAGUGUCGGGGUCGGUACCAGAACAUGAGGUUCCUUCUGUACAAAGAUGGAAACUCGACCGCCCUGCAGGUCGCGGAGCCGGCUGGGAACGUGGCUGAGUUUUCCAUCCGCAGUGUGAGACGCAGAGAUGCAGGGAGCUACCGCUGCCGAUAUAGCAGCAAAAUGGACCCGUCUGCUUCUUCGCAUCCCAGUGACCCCGUGGAGCUGGUGGUAGCAGAGGGAACCGACCCAGCUGGGACCCAGCAGCCGGAUCCCCCCACGACAGAGCCGGCGAGAGAAGGGGGAACCGACCCAACUCCGCUGGGAAUGACGAUGGCUCCCACCCAACCAGGCAGCGCGGGUCCAGGUCCUGUGGCCUAUAGGAUUAGCCUGCUUGCUUGCAUAUAUGUAUCAUUUCUUAUAGUUUAAGUGCCUUAUAUACUCGUUCAUAAGCCGAAUAUUUUUGGUAAAAAAGUGACGCAUCCAAGAGCCAGGGUCGGCUUAUAAACGGGUCUACAUCAAAAUGUGAUGAUUUAAAACUCUAUUGAAUCAUUUCCGCAGCUCCCAUUGGCUGGGAACGGUGAACCGCAGCCACAGGGAGCUGAGGGGCUCCAUGCCUGCCAACGCGCCAAGGAAACAAAACGUCCCGCCAGCGAC